AUGUCCAUUUCCAACGUUACAAUCUUCAUGCCUUCUGUGUUGACCCUUAUAGGAGUCCCAGGCCUAGAAUCUGUGCAGUGCUGGAUUGGGGUUCCAUUUUGUGCCAUGUAUCUAAUUGCUAUGAUUGGAAAUUUCUUGCUUUUGAUUAUCAUCAUAUCAGAACGCAGCCUCCAUCAGCCCAUGUAUAUUUUCCUAGGCAUGUUAGGAGUCACAGAUAUUGCUCUCAGCACAAGCAUUGUGCCCAAGAUGCUUGGAAUCUUCUGGUUUCAUGUAACAGAGAUAUAUUUUGAUUCUUGCUUGCUUCAAAUGUGGCUCAUCCACACAUUUCAGUGCACAGAAUCAGGCAUCCUCCUAGCCAUGGCCGUGGACCGCUAUGUAGCCAUCUGCUAUCCACUCAGACAUGCUGCCAUCUUCUCUCACAAGUUAGUCACUCAAAUAGCAGCUAUGGUAACACUCAGGGCUGCCAUUCUUGUAGCACCAUGCCUAAUACUGAUAAAGGUUCGAUUACAAUUUUACCAUACAACAGUCAUCUCUCAUUCCUACUGUGAACAUAUGGCUGUCGUGAAACUGGCUGCAGAAAAUAUCAGGGUUAACAAAAUCUAUGGUUUGUUUGUGGCCUUCACUGUUGCUGGGCUUGACAUUGUGUUAAUCACGUUGUCCUACAUACAGAUAUUCAUCACAGUUUUUCGUUUGCCUCAGAAGGAGGCUAGGUUGAAAGCAUUCAACACUUGUGUCGCUCACAUCUGUGUCUUCCUCCAGUUCUACUCCCUUGGUUUCUUCUCCUUCUUUGCACAUAGAUUUGGUUCCCACAUCCCUCCUUAUAUUCACAUCCUCUUUUCUAGCACUUAUCUGCUGGUCCCUCCAUUUCUCAACCCACUUGUCUAUGGUGCAAAGACCAAGCAGAUCUGUGUCCAUAUGGUAAAAAUAUUUUGUUCAAAAAAUUUGCUGUGA